AUGGCAGUGCUCUGUCUUCUCCUCCUUCAGCUGCUCGGGUACUGCCUCCAAGGCUUGUGGGCAUCCUCUCCCCACCUCCAGCCACCACAUCCACUGGUCACCUGUUGGGGCCCUCACAGCCAAGUCUCUCGAUGGCAGGACAAUGAGCACUGGGCCUCAUGCCAGUGGAACAGCACAGUGAACCUGUGUUACCAGCCCACCCCAGGAGCAAGACUGGAGGCAGAGAGGAAAGAGGCGCAGUCACCACCUCCACCUUGCUGCUUCUGGUACCUGAGCUCAACUUGGAUAAAGAACACCUUGGGCUGGUCAGGCCAGAUCACACUGCAGACAAGCCUCCUGCCACGCAGCACUCCUUCACCUGUGGCCUCCAGCCUCCUUACAGUGAAAAGCUCAUCUGCUUCAUGUGUGGACUUGGAAGUCCACGUUUUCAGCAGCAGCCAUCCUCAGAGCUUUACUUAUUUAGUGCAGUUUAUACCUGCACAAGAUCCAGCACUACAGUGUGAGUGGACCUUCCAUCUGCAGCUUUUUGGAACACAGAAAGCCCUCCUUCUCCAGAACAGCACAUACACAUACAACAAUCGUGUAAGAAAGACUACUACGCGUUUUGUCCGUCACUCUGCUUUGCCCUUUGAUCCAAACAAAUCCGCCAGGUUUAUGGCAAAAGUGAAAUGUACCAGAAGCAGCCUUACACCAGACCUUUUGAGAGUCAGAGUCAACAACAAUGCUGCAACAGCCAUCGAAGCACCAACAUCUUGCCAGAAAGAAUAUUGUCAGAUACACGAUCUGUAUAUUCAGAAACCUUACAACACCACUAUCCUGCACCAGAAAAGGGGGACAUCUUUUUACCUCUUUGUCAGAUUGCUACUGCAGUGCAACGUUGCUAUUUCUGUCAAGCCCUUGUGGCGAAUCUAUGCUGUUCACAACAAGACAACCGAUCCCGACUGGUCAAAACCCAUCAACUCUGAUUCGAUGUAUGGAGUUGAAAUGAUAGUCUUAACUGUUCCCAGUUACACUUUAGAUUUCGGCUUGUAUCUCUUUUAUUUCACUGUUGAGGUAAAGCCGAUCAGGAUGUCGACAGUCCUCAAGGGCUCAGAUAAAGUCUACAUUCUGAUCGAGGGCACCGAGCUAGUGGCAAAUAUUGCAGGGGGGGCAUUCCGCACAGUGGGGUUUUCUAAUAAGUGGUCUCUUGAUGGCUCUGCAUCCUAUGAUCCUGAUUCUCAGGAAAGACUAAAGGGAAUGACAUUUACUUGGUACUGCACUAAAGAGGUAGCAGACUAUGAAACCAUGACACUCAGCCCAGGAAAGAAAUGCCACCCAGACCAGAAGGAUUUGAAAUGGGUAACACCCUCAGGACCAGUUCAAACAGUGCCUCCAGAAUUCCUCCCAGGAAAAGCCAUCUAUCAUUUUCGUCUAGUGAUUGAAAAGGGCAGAAGGAGUAGUUAUGCUGAUCAAACUGUAAGUGUGAAGCCUGGCUCUCCACUCCUCCUGGAUGUGACAUGCAUUGAAAACUGUGGUAGAACUCUAAUUCCAACAGAGAGAUUUAUCUUGUCUGGAAAAUGCCUGAACUGUAGAUCGUCCAACCAGCCAAUCUACUACUGGUCCCUCUUUUCUCGAAGCUCUAAAGAAAUAAGCUUUGAUUGGUCUUCCAGAACCACGACGGGGAGGUUUGGGGCUUACCUGUCUAUACAUGCUCAGACUUUUACAAAGGCUGUACAGCGACCCUACCUACUCCUGUUAAAUGUAACGACCCAGGAUGGUAGGGCCUCUACGUAUAGCCAUGCGUUUAAGAUCAAUUCUCCUCCAAAGGCUGGCAAGUGUACUGUCAGCCCACGCUCGGGUACAGCCUUGCAGACAAAAUUUGUUGUUGAAUGCAGUGGAUUUUCUGACAGACAUUUGCCUCUGACAUAUAAAGUGAUAAUAGCUUCUGAUGUGCCCAGAACUACCAAAAUAACUUCUGUGGAGGAAAACACAUUUGGCACAAUUCUGUACUUUGGUUAUCGACCUAAAACUCCUCCAUCUCUUCUCCCAGUUGGAAUGCCCUCUCAGAACUACCAUUUGACACUUUACGUUCAAGUCAGUGAUUCCCUCGGGGCGUUUACUCAAGUGAAUUUAGAUGUCCACGUGCAGAAGCCUGUUAGCAGUCAACCACUAGCUGGUAUGUUUCAAGAAUUGACGGCUUCAGUGAGCAGAUUAAGCAAGAAGAUUACAUCCUAUCUCCAGACUGGUGAUUAUUUUAGUGCAGGUUACUUGAAUUACCUGGCAGCCUCACUCUUAAACUACAUUAAAGCCACACCAAAUCUCCAGCUCCCUAAGGCUCAGCUUCGAGAAGACCUGAUUAAAACAGCCCUGAACAUUUCAGCUGAGAGCACAAUGGAAGUCAACCAAGUAGUUGCUUCUAUUUGUCAGGUCACAGAGGAAGCUGACGAAGUGAACCGUAGAUCACAAGACCUCGCCAUUAAGAAAUUGGCAGAAGUAACAGGAGUGCUGAAUAUACGGAGGCAUGAGAGUAAGUGGUCUGAGCAAGCAGAAAUUCAGACCAGUGGAAUACUAAGUUGCUUGUCCAAUGUCCUGAGAGCUGCUCUCCUGCAUCACAGCGGUGUCAACGUAGAUGGAGUUAAACAAGUAGUGUCCAUCACGGAAAAUUUAACAAAGAUAGUUUUCCAGGGCAAAGUCCCUGGAGAUACAGACACUCUAAUGGGAACAAAAAAGUGGAAUAUCACUCUGAAAAAGGAGGAAGCCUGGAAUAUGACAAGUGCUUUCUCUGCCAGAGACAACUGCAGGAAUUGUUUUUAUCCAUUAUUGAAAAAAGGCAAUUAUUCAGGGUUGUCCCCCGAUGCUGUGAUUUCCACUGCUCUUUAUGAGUUUGAUGAGAACCCCUUCCCUUGGUUAGGUUACACAUCGGAAAUCACAACAAUGGUCCUGGGGUUUAAAAUGGCAGAGACCAAGGCUAACGGGCGUCUGCUAGGGGUCAUGCCUGAAAAACCAGAAAUCAUUAUUGCUAGGAAAGAUAAGGAAUCUUCAACUUUUCAGUUAGCAAUAGGACCUGGUAAAACACAAGCUCACACAACCGGAGGAUUUAGUUUGGAAGUCAACAAAAAUACCACAACUAUAUACUUCCAGAUCCUGACCAAUUUAAAAGUUACUUUCAAGGUGCUAGUAUUUACAGGCACUGAUGUCACUCGUACUCAGCCCAUAGCCACAUUUGAUGCUUUUCACAACAAGGCAACAGUGGCAAGCAAAACUGAGACAGCUAGCACUGACUGUAACAUUAAGACUCCCUAUAUUAUCUGUCUCCCAGAGUCAUUGCUGAGAGCCACAGCCCAAGGAAGCAGUGGAGAGGCUCAUAACAUCUCCAUUGUCUUGCAGACACCCUAUGUUGUGAACUCUAAAACCCAGAGCCUGGUGAGCAUUCACAUCUUUAGUGAUCAGUGCUUAUUUCUGGAUAAUGUUCAAAGUCAGUGGAGACAAGACACAUGCACACUUGGUCCCUCGACCAACUGGCAGAGGGUGCACUGCAUCUGCAAUCUGAAGCAGAGGCGCAGAAGUCGGACAGUCAUAUCCACAUCUAGCAUCAGGUUCCUGGCAGCCAAAGUAAUAGUUGCCCCCAACACAGUAGAUCUGGAGAAAGCUCUGAUAGCAGACAUACAUAACAACCUAGUGACCCUCUUAACGGUGCUCUUAAUUUUUGCCAUCUACAUUCCUUUGGCCAUCUGGGCCAUGAGAAAAGACAGGGCUGACAGGGUCGCCAAAGGCAAGGUUAUAGUCCUGCCAGACAAUGACCCUUUUGACAAAGUCAGGUAUUUGGUCACUUUGUACACGGGCAGUCGCUGUGGAGCUGGAACCACAGCAGAUGUCUUUCUUCAGCUCUAUGGCCAGAAAGGCAAGAGCGAUGUCCAUUGUUUACGGUACCCGUAUUUCCCAUCUUUCCAACAAGGAAGCAUUGAUUGCUUCCUAUUAACCGUUAAGAAAGACUUGGGAGACAUUUCCAUCCUCAGGAUGUGGCACAACAACAAGGGCUCAUCUCCAGGCUGGUUCUUAAGCAGAGCUCAAGUUGAGAAUAUGUCCACCAGGAAGAUUUGGUUCUUCGUGUGCCGGAAAUGGUUUUCUCUUGACAAGGGUGAUCACUUACUAGAAAGGACAUUUUCUGUCACAGAUCCCAAGGCACCUCUGCACAGAACUGACUAUUUUUUAAUUAAUCUUGUCAGAAGCCUGACAGAGGGUCAUCUGUGGCUCUCAGUUUUUGCUCGUGCUCCCACUGGCACUUUCAGCAGGCUCCAAAGGUUGUCUUGCUGUUUAGCCAUACUAUUAUUAAACUUGUUUGUAAACAUUAUGUUCUUUAAUGCUCACAAGAAUGAAGAGUAUUCAACACACAUGAAUUUUCUUAGGUCAAUAAUAGUAGGAAUUGAGUGUGCUUUGAUUACUCUACCUGUGGAAAUCCUUAUAAUCGCCUUAUUUAAUUAUUCCAAGAAGGAUCCUCCUCCUCAUGGUGUGAAUCAGACAGACCUAAAGCCAAGUUCACUCCCCCUGUCUGGAAAUCUUAAGAACCAGAAGGAACAACCACAAAAAAUGCACCUUUCAGUAACUUCAGCACAAUCGAGGAAUAUGAAUCCCUCGGAGAACUUUCCCAGUCUGAGCAACUCACAGAGCCCUCCAGAUUCCAGAAAGACAAGAAGCAAGUUAGCUCCCCCAUACUGGAAUAAUUGUACCAUUUCUGAAAGAGACGUUAAUGUAAUUGUAUCAGAGGAGCAGAUGACAACCACAAAUUCCCUUCCAAUAGCUAAAGCUUCCCAGAGAAGGCCAGCGACAGGUUCCAACUUUAGUAGUAAUGAUGCAGAAGAAGGGGACAAUUUUCAGAAAGAAAGGAAACCACCAAGCUCUACUUCCAUGCCCUUUCUCCAGAGACUGUGCCUAGUUCUCCGUCGGUGGCGCACCUGUCUCUCAUGGGCACUGGUUAUAGCUGUCAGUGGGCUGUGCUCCUUUUUCAUUGUGUUGUAUGGUUUGUCUUAUGGCUAUCAGACUUCCUUAGAGUGGCUUUUAGCGUCUGUAAUCUCCUUUAUUGAGAAUGUGUUCUUCCUUUCAUUUCUAAAAAUCAUUUUUUUAUCGGCUAUAAGUGCGAUCUCUCGGAAGCACUGUGAAAAUAUCGCGUGGGUAAGUCAGGAGAAGUAUUCUGAGCUUAAGGUGGCUACAGAAAUGAUGAGCGCUGAUGAGAUGAGAGUGAUGCACUUGAAGCUUGCUGAAAUCAGGUGCAGAAAGUACUAUAAGCCUUUAGAAGCUGAUGAAAUGACAAACAUGCUGAAAAGGGCACAAAUUAAAGCUAAGGCAUUUCUUUUCAUAAAAGGCUUGAUCAGUCACCUUGUCUUUCUAACACUGCUCUUCUAUUUUGUUUAUUCCAAUGAGAACAUCAAUAAUUUCCGCUACAAUCGAUUCAUCCACAACCAAUUCUCCCCAGGACUCUCCAGUGUGGAUAAGCUGGAAGAUAUCUACAGCUGGGUGAAAGACUCGUUCUUGCCUUUGAUCCACAGUGACUCUCAGCCAACCUUUCUUUCUGACAGCUGGUCUAAAAUCCUUGGUUUGCCUAGGAUGAGGCAAGUGCGGGCCAAAGAUACCAAGAAGAAAUGUUUCCAUCGUCACAGCUCUGUGAAUAACUUGGUGAUCAGUAAGAGCCACUGUCUUCACGUAUACGGCAGUGACAGCCCAGAGACAGGCCACUACGCCAGCACUUGGACAAAGGCUGCCAACCAGUCUGUUUCCAAGGACGCCAGCAGUUAUGAUGGGUUCACGUACCAGCAAAACAGGACUCAGUGGAUGUAUCAUUCAUAUGGAGAUCUGCACACAUAUGGACCAGCAGGGUACACAUUUUACUUUUUCCCCAAAGAAAGAAGUCCUAAUUCAACAACCAGGCUGAAUGCUCUAGAAGAGAGCUACUGGCUUGAUGACAAGACAUGGGCUGUGAUCAUUGAAUUAACUACAUUUAACUCAGAUGCAGAACUCUUCUGCACCAUCUCAGUCAUAUUUGAAAUGUCUGGGUUUGGGAUCAUAAAGCCAAGUUUGGCAGUACACUCUUUUGCACUCCCCAUUCUCCAACAGCAAACUAAAGCUCAAGUAGCUUUGUUUGCAAUUGUUCUUGCCUUUCUAUUCAUUUACAUUGCAGAUGAGCUUUACACCAUAUACCAAGAGAAAAAAGAUUAUAUUAAAAACAUUUCCAACAUAAUCAACCUUGGCUUAAAAUCAGCAUUCCUCCUUUUUGUCCUUUUAAAGGCCAUCAAGUUUAAGAUGGGAGAAGAUAUAGUGAAUUUUUACUUACUUCACCCAAAUGAUUUCAUUCAUUUUCAUGCAGUUUCUCAUUUGGAUCAGAUUUUAAGGAUUUCUAUGGGCUUCUUAGGAUUUCUUGCCAUUUUGAAAACUCUAAAAUGUUUUCAGUUGUUUUAUGACGUGCGCCUGGUACAAAGAUCCAUCUUGGUAGCCUUGCCUGGAAUCUCCUCAAUGGCACUCAUGAUGCUGGUGUACUUCUUUGCUUUUAUGGUGUUUGGCUACCUUGUGUUCGGGCAGCAUGAACAGAGGUACAAUACCAUGAUUCAUUCAGCUCAGACCAUAUUCUCUUACUGUGUCUCAGCUUUCAGAGAUACUCCAUUUUCAUCCAACAGGCUGCUGGGUGCUAUUUUCCUAGCCUCUUUCACGUUAGUGAUGAUCUGUGCUUUGAUUCGUCUCUUUCAAGCUGUCAUUAUGUCUGCCUAUGGAGAUAUGAAACAACAGGGACACAGAGAACCAUCUGAUGAAGCACAAGUGGCCACUUUUCUAUUGCAAAGGCUCAAAAAAAUGUUUUAUUUUCUGAAAUGUAAAAGAUCCAAAACCAGCAAGCCUGGUCUUUUCCACAACAUACUCUAUGGGAAGCCUAAGAGAAGACAUCAGCAAGAUUUUGGGUUCAAGCGCAGAAAAAGAAAUGGGGGAAAAUUUGAUUAUUCUGUCAUAUGA